GGGGUCAUUGUUGCCCUAACGUAUUCUAUUACUUCUGUAUUGGACUCAUCAGUGUGCUUCACAUACACGUGUUUAAUAGAGACAACUCGUUUCUUCGAGAAGUACGCAGGCAGUAGAAGAAACACCCGUACGUCCAGUGGACAGAGGUCACGUAAAGCUUUUCCGCCAGUUAUGUCUGAAGACUCCAGCAGUGAUGAAGAAUUGUGGCUUCCCACAGAAAGGACAGUGUGUCGCAAAAAGCUGAAUUGUUGGGAAUGUGGUAAAAAUUUCCCCAACAUGCACGGCUUGAUGUCGCACUACCUCAGCCACAAUGUCCCAGCUACCUGCCACAUCUGCAAAAUUACUUUCCGGCGGCUGACAUCACUUUCCACACAUCUGGAUAAUGUACACCCCAGGUUCUGUAAAAUGUGCGGUGUGGCAUUCAAUAAUGUAUGGGAGUUGAACAAACAUGCAGAGACAGACUGCAGGAGUGCUGUGUAUUUAGAUGAGCCCAGGGACAACUGUUGUAAUGAGGUCACUAUAGAGCUAACUGAAGGCUCAGAGGUCUGUGAUGCAGUGCCAGACCCGAGACCUAUAGAAACAAAGGAGAUUAUGCCAGGGGGACCGGAGACAUCUGACAACAGCAUAGAGUACAUUGUCGGUGAAGAUGAUAAAGACACUGACAGUGAUGAAGUUGGUGGAGAGGAUUCAGACAGCUCGACAACUUCUGAAUCUGAUGACACAGAUGAAACAGUAUCUGGAACUUCAUCUUCAGAUAAACUGGAAGAGAAUGAUGGCUCAAAUUCAAGAUCCAUGGAUUUGUUAAAUAAGUCUUCCAACCCUCCACCCUCCAAAAUAAAACAGUCAACACCCCCUAAGCCUGAUAGUUUAUUCUGUCAUGUAUGUAACAGGGGCCAUUUAGCAGUCAUCACAUCCCCCUCUUAUUCUGGUCAAAGUCCCAGUGGAGUCAACCAGGUUAUUAAUGGAAAUGUCUUUGUUGGCCAACCCUUUGCUUCAUCCAUGCCCACUGCUGUAAGACCCAGUGCAGGUGUGGUGCCAAAAGUGUCUACAUUUGCUAAUGGGGUACCGGCUAAGAUCAUGAUUGUCCAAAAAAUGCUUCCUAAUGACCCUCAGGUUGUCCAGCAGCAGAGUGCCAAAAACCAGGCAGCCAUCAUGGUGCAGAACAACAUAAAAAGACCCCAUGUAAUGCAGAAGCCUCCUUUGCAUGCUCAGCCAUCUGGUUCCUCUCACAUGUUAGAACAUCUCCCAUAA